CACUGUAAAGGCAGGCCUAUGAUUUAAAAAUGGUCUCCCAAGGACUCCAGAUUAUGGGCAUGGCCACAGCCAUGCUGGGUUGGCUAGGGGUCAUUAUCGUGUGUGCUUUGCCCCAGUGGAGGGUGUCUGCAUUCAUUGGGGCCAACAUUGUCACAGCACAGAUCAUCUGGGAGGGCAUGUGGAUGAACUGUGUGGUACAGAGCACAGGACAAAUGCAGUGUAAAGUCUAUGACUCCAUGCUGGCGCUCAGUUCUGACCUUCAAGCAGGCCGGGCCAUGAUCAUCAUCUCCAUUUUGACUGGACUCUUUGGAAUCGUAAUUUCUAUGGCUGGUGGAAAGUGCACCAACUGUAUUGAGGACCCAAGGUCUAAAGCAAAGGCAUGCAUCAUUGCAGGGAUUCUCUUCAUUGUUUCUGGACUUCUUUGUCUGAUCCCAGUGUCAUGGUCAGCAAACACGAUCAUACAGAGCUUCUAUAAUCCAUUGAUGGUGGAGGCCCAGCGGAGGGAGUUGGGUGCAGCUCUGUAUAUUGGCUGGGGAUCUGCAGGGUUGCUUUUACUGGGAGGAGGAAUACUUUGUUGGAACUGCCCGCCAAAGCAAGAACGCAUCUACAACCCCAAGUUUACCGCUGUGAGGUCCAGUUCUACUCCGAGAGAAUUUGUCUAAGAUGCAGAACCCAUAUGACUGGCUUUAAAAUGCAUUGCAACUGCAUUGAGCUCACAGACCUGAUUACUGUAUGUCAACAAUUCAUCUGUAGAAUUACCUGAGACACUGUUUUUUUACAUGUAAUAGCGUAACAUUUUCAUUCUCCCUCAUCACAAUUGCAAAGAAUUAUCAAUACACAUCUUUGAAAAGAGUAUGUUAAGUAUGCCACUACAUAUAUCACUUAAUACUUUCCUUAGGAUAAAUUCUGUAAAAUAUUCUGUAAAAAUGUUCUUUUUUAUGUUGGUAUUCCAGUAGCUCAAACAAAGCACUAGAAACAUCAUGGGAAUGCUUGAACUGCUAAAAUGUAUACCUUAAAUGUAAUGCAAGUUUCUUUGGAUAAAAGUGUUGGCCAAAUGCAUAAAUGUACAUAUUACAGCUUUUAUGGUGGGAUUAUAAAUAGGUUUAUUUAUUUACAAUGUCUACAAUAAUACCUUUUGUAUUAUUCUGUAUUUUUGUCAUGUGUAUUAUGUAUUUUUGUCAUAAUGUACAGGCAUCAAUAAAUAACAAUGUAUCCAAAGUCUUCAGACUGUGAUGUAGGGUUUUAAUUAAAACAUAAGUUCACACAAGUUUAAAAACUCUGGGGCAAAAGUACACUUCCAAUAUACUUUUACAAUGUUUUCUCUAAAAAUAAAUAAAUACAAAAUAAUUACGAUUGAA